UCUACUCGUCUGGGCGCAAUGCCACUAUCGUUGCUGUAUUCUCUCAUCGGCAUUUUCGCGGUUUGGAUUUCCAAAACUCCGUCGAUGGCCGAAGGUCUACUUGCGGUUAAUUCUGCAAUAGAUGUGCCACUAAUUGAGAACGCCAGCGACAUUUUGUGCAGUUUCCAUACGAAAGUCGUCUAUGUGUAUUUCGAGAAUAAGACCUCUUCCGGUUAUUCGGGCGACAUACUGCGGGAUUUAAGUGAUUGUGGUACUUCGUACAUAACAUUGAGGAAUCGCGUAAAGACUAAGCCAUUGGAACUCAUCAACAACGACGGUAUACUGUUAUAUCUGGUAAUGAUCUUUCACGACGCUUCACAGCGCAUCGAUCUAUCAAUUAUACAAAAAUAUUCCGCUGCGAAACACCUCUCGCACGUUAUGAUGCUAAUCGUCAAUUCGGAGACCGUCACCGAAGCUUGGUUGCGUCAUACCUUCGCGAUUUUUUGGCACAUUUGGUUUCUUAAUGUCGUGAUAAUGUUUCAACGCAACAAUGAGCUGCAUGUUUACAGAUACAACCCAUUUACCGAUGAAUUUCUUAUAAAAUUGGAACUAAGCAGCGGCGUGCUUCCGCGCAAAGACGACCUCUUCCCACCAAAAUUACCGGAUAUGGGCGGCAAGCCGUUGAGCGUAUGUCUGUACCAGGAUGAGGUGCGAGCCAUUUUCGAGGACGACGACGACGACCAGAAGGUUAUCGGCAGCGAUGGUUUCAUGUCGGCUUUCAUCGCCGAACGCUUGAAUGCCACGCGUGUAAUACAUCGCGUCAGCAGAUUUGGCAACUUCAUGCUAAGAGCCGAUAUUUGCUUCAAGGAGAUCACACAUGAGCUAGAUGAUGUAGCCUUCAAUACACGUUUCCUAGCGGCGCCGACAUUUGCGCGACAAGUCGAAUAUACGAUCGUGCACAGCCGUGACGACCUGUCGUCCACAUUUGCUCCGCAUAACUCUACUCGUCUGGGCGCAAUGCCACUAUCGUUGCUGUAUUCUCUCAUCGGCAUUUUCGCGGUUUGGAUUUCCAAAACUCCGUCGAUGGCCGAAGGUCUACUUGCGGUUAAUUCUGCAAUAGAUGUGCCACUAAUUGAGAACGCCAGCGACAUUUUGUGCAGUUUUCAUACGAAAGUCGUCUAUGUGUAUUUCGAGAAUAAGACCUCUUCCGGUUAUUCGGGUGACAUACUGCGCGAUUUAAGUGAUUGUGGCACUUCGUACAUAACAUUGAGGAAUCGCGUAAAGACUAAGCCAUUGGAACUCAUCAAUAACGACGGUAUACUGUUAUAUCUGGUAAUGAUCUUUCACGACGCUUCACAACGCAUCGAUCUAUCAAUUAUACAAAAAUAUUCC